AUGGUCAAACCCCUCACAUUCAAAGGCGACAAGCCUAAAAAGCGCAAGGUCCGCAGCGCCGACAGCGAAGCACCCGCCAAGACCCGCAAGACCGAACCGGAACCCGAGGAGAACCCCGAAGACCAGAGCUGGGUUUCAGCCGAAGCAGCAGGCGACAUCUCCGGCCCAGUCGUGCUCGUCCUCCCCUCCGACGACCCAACAUGCAUUGCGAGCGACGCGAAUGGCACGGUCUUCGCGAGCAAACUUGAGAAUCUUGUCGAAGGAGAUCCGUCGACUGCGGAACCGCACGACGUGCGCCAGGUCUGGAUUGCGUCGCGCGUGGCGGGUACCGAGUCUUUUAGUUUUAAGGGACAUCAUGGGAAAUACCUCUCAUCCGACACCCACGGCCUCUGCAGCGCAACCGCCUCCGCGGUAAGCCAAUACGAAUCCUUCCUCGCCAUCCCCUCGGAAGUGUCCGGUUCAUUCUCCAUUCAAACUCACGGCGGCGACGGCGAGUCUUUCCUAUCUAUCAAAGAGAACAGCAAGGCGACUGCUGGUGUGGAGAUCCGCGGUGACGCGACUACGCUUUCCUUCGAGACUACACUGCGCGUGCGCAUGCAGGCACGCUUUAAGCCUCGCUUAAAGGCUAGCAAGGAGAGCAAGGCAUAUGAGAAGAUCAGCAAGAAGGAGCUUGAGGGGAUUGUUGGGCGGACAUUGGAUGAUGAGGAGGUGAGAAAAUUAAGGAAGGGGCGGAAGGAGGGCAAUUUCCAUGAGAUUUUGCUUGAUGUCAAGGUUAGCGGGAAGCAUGAUAAGUUUGCUUGA